AUGGAUGAAUUCUGGUCGGCACAUCUCCUGUCCAGGUACCGGCCUCGCUGUCCAAUCAUUGGGGUCACCAGAAGCCCUCAGGUGGCCCGUCAGUCCCAGCUGUUGCGAGGUGUUUUCCCCGCUCUCUUCCACCCUCUGCCUGCUCCUGUUUGGGCCGAUGAUGUCGACAACAGAGUCAACUUUGGAAUGGAAAUAGGAAAAGCCAGAGGGUUUUUCAAAUCAGGCGACAUGGUGAUUGUGGUGACAGGCUGGAUCCCAGGGUCCGGUCACACUAACAUCAUGAGGGCCGUUAACGUCCCGUAAACACAGGAAUCCUCCGAACCCUGAAGCUGCCUGACCCGCUGAAGCCUUCUGCCUCUGAUCGUGAAUGAAUGGGAUGAAAACACCGAGAAGCAGCUCUGAAAUUAAAACAAUGAACUCUGCAGCAGGCAGGAGUGUUGAAGCAGCAGCAGCAAGGAGAGAGAAUGGAGCUUGUUGAAGUUCUGUUGAUUAAACA